GUCACGCCACCAUCAUUUUAUGCUAUGUACAUUUGGAUGUUCGAGCAGACAUUUCACAUGCUUCGAACUGUGUAGAACGUGGAAAUUAACGGAAACUGAUACAAAUUCUAGUUAUAUUUUUCUUAUAUUGUGGAUUUAUUUAAUGAAGUGAACAUGCCAGCGAGUGUUUACACGGAUAUGAGUUCAAAUUCACAAUUGAUGGAGGACCAGCGUGCGCUGCAGCUCGCUUUUGAACUUUCGUUAUUGGGUUUGAAUGGGGAUGAUGAAAAUAUGCCAACAAACAACGGAAACCUUUCGCCACAAAGUUUCGCCGAGGAGCAAGCUAAGAGGCGUAGUGCCAACAUGACCGAAUGCGUGCCUGUGCCGAGCUCUGAGCAUGUGGCCGAAAUCGUGGGUAGGCAAGGUUGCAAAAUCAAAGCCUUGAGAGCUAAAACCAACACUUACAUAAAAACACCAGUGCGUGGAGAAGAGCCAGUCUUCGUUGUUACAGGACGCAAAGAUGACGUCGUACUUGCUAAACGGGAAAUACUAUCUGCUGCCGAACACUUCAGUCAAAUCAGGGCGUCUAGACGGAACUCUAGUGUAACCAGCAUCUCAAGUAAUGGUUUAUCAGGUCCCCCUAGUCCAAACGCCCCAGGUCAGGUAACCAUCCAGGUACGAGUCCCAUACAGAGUUGUUGGCCUUGUUGUCGGACCAAAAGGAGCAACAAUAAAGAGGAUUCAACAACAGACGCACACAUACAUCGUAACACCAAGCAGAGACAAAGAGCCCGUGUUCGAGGUCACAGGUCUUCCAGAAAAUGUUGAGAAAGCUCGUCAGGAGAUUGAGAGUCAUAUUGCCCUUCGAACUGGAGGUAUGGUAGACAACGCACCAGAUGAUGAUUUCCAUCGAAAUGGAAUAGAUUCGGGAUUCCAUGAAUUGAAUGGUUCAAGCAGUGAUUAUAUUAGUUCAAUAUUCGGUAAAUCAACAAAUGGAAUGUCUGCAUUUACUGCUUACAACAAUGCAUUAAACGGAAAUGGACUUAUGAACCGCGGACCAGAGACUGUGUUUAACUUCCCUCCUGUAAACGGCACAUCGAAAAUUUCGGACUUUCCUGGGCAAGUGAAUGGCUUUGGCUCCACAUUUAAUGGGUUUCCAAACAUUUAUGACAGUUUGAAUGAUGAGGGAAUUGGCUCUCCAUCAUUUGAUACAAGUGUACCUCCUGGUGUGUGGUCCGACGUGAACGACAACAGAAAUCCCAACCUAGUCUCGCUAUUCGGAACAACAAAUACAACAAACAUGAACGCCAUCGGAUCAGGUAUGAGCGGAAUCCCACGGAUAUCACCGACUUCAAGUGAAAUGUCAACCGGGUCAAGCGCAACGGGUACAAAUUCCACAUCACAUUCACCCCCGUCAGAGCCUCCUUCAUCCCGGAGGAUACGCAGCGAUCCUCUUGCUAGUGCUUUUACGCCAUUUGUUACUCUCCAGAGUGAGUUGUUUCCGGCCGUGUCCGGAAUCACGUGCACAAGUAGUGUCGGACUUGACUCAAAUGUAAACGGAAUAAGUGUUAAUUCUACAAGUGCUGAUGCCAGUACAUUAAGUGCGGCUGGCGAGUCUGGACUCGGUGUACGCAGAAACUGUAUCAUGUGCUCUGAAAGUGAGGUAGUUGCGGCCCUAGUUCCAUGUGGACAUAACUUCUUUUGUAUGGAAUGUGCAAGUUUGAUAGUGGAGAAACCAACAGGUACAGUUGACAGGAUUUGCCCAGUCUGCAGACAAGAACCCUCUCAGGCCAUUCGGAUCAUUUCAUAAAAAAAAAUCAUAAAAUACAAACACUAUAUAAUUAUAUAUUAAAAAAAAAUCAUCUGCUAUCCAAAUAUCUGUAGAAAAUUCCAUUCUGAAGAGUAUGUGCCAAUUUUUCAUAUUGCUUCUAUGUUCAAUUACUUGAAAGGCAGACUACAUAACUGGGGAAUUAUUAUUAUGUUGGAAUUUUGCCUGUUAUCUGUAGUUAGUUAGUCUAGAACGGCAGAGAGAGGGAGGAAUACAUAGAUACCUAUCUUUAAACAUAGCAAUGUUGAUUCUAACAUUGCAUACACUAGACCAAUAAUCAAUGACUGCGAAUGCUGGAACUCUGGUAGGCAGAAUAUACAAUGUAUUGUCUAAACAUACACUUUUCCCCCAUUUUGUAACGACCUAAUUCGGAAAAAAAAAAAUUAAUUACUCUAUUCUUUACUAUGAAGCUUUUUGUGAAGAAUUGUAGCUUUUGUAAUUUUUUUGUGUCGAGAAAAAUUGAUUUGUUAUCUAUAUAAUUAAUGACACAAGAUGAUUUUUCUUCUAUUUACAAGGAUUAAUUUAUGAAAUUAUUGUAACGCUUGAUUAAUUUGACUUGAAAUAAAACCUUUGACAAUCUUUCAUAUGGAGUAAAAACACUGCUCUGAUAAUUUACUGUUCACAAAUUAAUUUUGCCCGAUGGUUUAUGAUAAUUGCUAUCUUUUGAGAUAAUUUCAUGUUUCAUUCUUAGCCCCGCCUUGAAAAGGGGACUGGCAUCAAUCAAUACCCGCUAGCGAUCAUGCAUAUUAUGAAUAUUUAUGAGAUUAUUAUAAUUGAGUUAUAUAUUAUAUAAUAAGAUGUAUAAAAUUUAUGAUGCAAAUCAACAUUUGAAAUUGGUCAUUUUUGUCAUUGCCCACGCCCCCCACGCAACAUUUUUCACAAGGAUUUUUGUGUAUAAAUAUUUCAAUUAUCCAGUAAAUCUAUAGUAUUAUAUUUAAUUAUUGACUUUUAUAUUUGAAACAAAUAUAUAGACAUAUUUUAUUCACUGUUUACAGUAUAGUAUGUAUUAAAGACUUGUUUAAUUAAAUUGUUGAACUUUUUACUAGCAUCUUGAAUUUGCCUGAAAUUCUUUCACGCACUCGAUGCCUUUUUUUCGAAGAAGUGCAUACUUGGCACAAAUAUAUACUUCUGAAAUACUUGUCAAGUUAAAUGUUUAGUAAAUUUUGUUUCAUGUAAAGUGACUCACAUUAGGGAUUCGGGAUUCUUUCUUACUUGCAAGAAAAAAAAAACACCAAACUUUGACAAUCAUUAUUUUGAACACUGACUAAUACCCCGAUUGUAAUUAUUUAGAUCUAGAGUUACCUUAUGGGAAAGAUGUGGUAGUUAUGUAAAUAGAAAACAAAUGGGGGGAUUCAUAUGCUCAGUUUUUCUGUGUAAUGUAUACAUUAUACAGCUUAGGCAAAUAUUUUUGUUGGCUGAUAUGCAUAACGGAUAGUUACAGUACAGACUGACCAAUUGACCAAUACACGCUCGUUUUGUGCAUUAUUGGAUGUUUUCAAUACUGAACCUUGGGAGGAAAAUCUAUGUCUCGGAAAUAUCAGGCAAAUUCAAGUGCUAAUGUUAUUUUUGUGUAUACGAUUUACCAAUUAUGCCUACAUUUUUUCCAUUUUUGCAAAAUAUGUUAUUAACGUGUUUAUUUGUACAUAGUGUAUAAUUAUCAUAGAUUAAUUAGGAAAAAUGUUAUAUAUACAUAUAUUUUUUGUUUUUCAAAAGUACAGCUUUAUUUUGUUCUAUAAAAAUAUAUUGAGAGUAAUAUAUAGGCGUUUUUUGUAAUAUAUUUUUUUGCCCAUUGAAAUACUUAUAGAUCUGUGCUCCUAUAAACAUUGAUAUUACAUUAAAUAUUAUGCUUGGUUUAUGCCAAGUAUCAAUAGCAGACGAUUGGGUCGCAGAAAAUUCGAUUGAAUAUAUGUAUCACCCAUUCUGUUGUCCAUCUAGUUGUAGACUUCGUUUUUAAGGUAACGCCAUUGGAAUCUGCAAGCAAGGGGAUUAAAAGUUAUUAGGGAACAUAGCUAUAAAUUGAAAUUCAAGGGAUCAGUUUUUAAAAGGGGAUCGAAUCUUGAACAGAAUGUUAAAUAAAAAAUUGAGACACUGAGAAACGUACAAUUACAAAUAUUGUCAACGUUCUGUGUUUGUCAUUCAAGUAUGAGGUUAUAGCGAAAAUCAUACCCUUGAUCCAUAUCAUUUUUACUUGUCAAGUAAGAAAUGGCGGCCUUGAUAUUAAAGGAACUCGUACCUAUUAAAGCAAUAAUUCUUUCCAUCAAAUGUUUGUGAUUUUAUAAAUCACAUACGUAAUAAGUUGUCUCCAAAUGAUAGAUAUAUAUAUUAUAAAUUAUAUACAUGUAUUCGUUUUCAUGACAUUUAUAUUCUUCUACGUUCCAUUACUUUAUUUGAAACUGUGUUUUCAUCAUCUCCAUUGUAGUAACAUAAAAUACGAUUAUUUAUCCACGAUGUUGUAAGACAGGUAGAAGUGAGCUGCCUUGAAUUAUAUGUAUUAUAUUUUUCUUGCAUCGCGUUAAUUAAUAAAUGUCUCCCAUUAAGCGCAAAACUAUGUUAAGAAUGAAUCGAAAUGAAACAAAUAUUUGUAACAUCAGUUGAGGGUCAGGUCACUUUGGUUAAAAAGAUUUAAAAACCUCUAUUUUUAUUAUGCAAGAAGAAAUUUUUAGUGCAUUUAUAUGGCCAAAAAAUAACUUUUUUCAGUAAUUUAAUCGUUAGAUAGCUCUUUUAUAUAGGAAAGUUCCAUCAAAUUCCUGAUAUUGAAACAUAUGGUUUCAAUAAUUGGCAGAAUUUAUUACAAUGAGAAAGAGCAAUUAGCCAGUGUGACCUGUUGUUCAAUUAACUCAACAAAUAACAUCAUCACAUAGUUCCUAAAGUGCAUUAAUGAUUUUGGGAUUUUGUUGUAGUUUUUAGCUUCCUUAAGCCAUAUGGUCUUCCAAAAAAGAGAAUAUAUAUAUAGCUGAUCACAACCCCUUGAUUUAAUUUCACAGCCCCCGCCCCACUGCUCAAAUUUAUAUACAUGUUUUAAACAUCACCAUGAAAUGCUAAAAAAACAACAUUUUUGUCUUAAAUGGUACUUGGGUCUUAAAAAUUUUCAUGGAAGGUUUUUACACAUCUUUAAUUCUUAAUGUAAAGUUUAAAGAAAAUGAUGGUAAACAGAAAUUCAAAGAAAAAUGGAAACAAUUGAGAAAAGAGAGGGGAAAAAUAUC